AUCCGACUUCGUUGUGUGCGUGCCUUUGACUCCAACGACAACAACCGCCGACAACCAUCCAACCCAUACACACGGUGACAGAGCAGGAUGUCCACCUUCGAUUCAGUGGUCGUCAUCGACGGCAAGGGACACCUCCUUGGUCGCCUGGCCAGCACUGUUGCCAAGCAGCUGCUUAACGGUCAGAAGAUCGUCGUUGUGAGAUGUGAGGCCCUCAACAUCUCCGGCGAGUUCUUCCGCGCGAAGUUGAAGUACCACGCCUACCUCCGCAAGAUGACUCGUUUCAACCCCACUCGCGGUGGUCCCUUCCACUUCCGUGCUCCUUCCCGCAUCUUCUACAAGGCUGUCCGCGGCAUGAUUCCCCACAAGACCGCCCGUGGUGCCGCCGCUAUGGAGCGCCUUAAGGUCUUCGAGGGUGUCCCCCUCCCUACGACAAGAAGAAGCGCGUUGUCGUUCCCCAGGCUCUCCGUAUCCUGCGUCUGCGCCCCGGCCGCAAGUACUGCACCGUUGGCCGUCUCUCCCACGAGGUUGGCUGGAAGUACCAGGACGUCGUUGCCAGGUACACUCGAGGAGCGCCGCAAGGUCAAGAGCAACGCCUACUACGAGCGCAAGAAGGCCGCUCGUCGCAGCCUCGCCAAGGCCGAGUCGGGUGCGAACGUGGACAGCAAGACCAAGACCCAGCUUGCGGAGUACGGCUACUAGAUACCAGAUUGAGUGCGGCCGGUUGUUGUGUCUUGAGUGACGGGUCUGGGUUCGGAUCGUGGACGGUUUUAUUUCAGCGAAACUUGAACGGCAAGCCGGUUCGACCUUGUUCUUAUGGGCUUGGUCCCUCGUCUGUUUCAAUGAAUAUCCACAUUUGUUUGUGAUGCACCAUGGGGGCAGACUUGGGGGACUUGGUUCCUUCGGAAUUUUCAAAAGCAGAAAAAACGGAGUCGCGGGAUGAAAGGUUGUUCAAAAUAGCUGGCUGUUGUCUCGCGCCGUGGCGGUUUAAUCCAAAAUUACAAAGUUCAACAUGAUCUUAUGAUGAUGCAGGUUCAUUACUACUAUCACUAUCUGGUCCGCCUUUGGUAUAUCGGUAUCUUCUUUUCAUGGAUAUGCUACCUAGGCUAUCCUAUCUUCGGCUGGGUACUCGACUCCUUAAUACCUCAACCUCCGAAAGCC